AUGUUUUCAUUGUAUAAACAGAUGAUGCAGACUCUGAAACAGACCAUGAUGGUGGUUGUGGAAUCACUGAUCAAUAAAUUUGAGGAAGAUCAGCUGAAGAAAGAGGAAAUGGACAGGAAGAGCCAACAUGAGCAGUCAAGCAGCAAUUACACUGACAACUGCUCUGACAGUGACUCUUCAUUCAAUCAGAGCUAUGCAUUUAUCAAGCAUGAACAACUGCAAGUCAUCGCUGAGAAGCUUGACCCCGGUAGACCACGAGAGGUUCGCUUGGAAGCUUUGCAGUCAUUGUGCUAUGCCCCUCCCUCUGAUGUCCUGAGCUGUGAAAGCUGGACUGGACUGCGCCGAAACCUCUCUGCUGCGCUCACUGACCCUGACCCUGAGCUCAGCGAUAAAGUCCUUCAAUUUUUUGCAAAAACAUUUUCGUCUUCUCCGUUAAAUGUGACUAAGGAUGUCUACAGUAGCAUAGCGAAAAGCUUGGAGGCUCAUUUCCUCUACCAUAAGUUGAGUUUUCCCAGCGGCUCUACAAGUAUUGAUGCGAACAGACCAGAUAUGGCCCGUCUCCUCAAACAAAUGCGAUUGAUGAAUGACUUUCAGAAGGAAGUGACAACAUUUUGGAUACGACAUCCAGAGAAGUAUAUGGAGGAAAUCAUUGAGAACACCCUCUCUCUUCUCGCUCUGCAUUCUGAACAGGCCAUGAGCAGUCCCGGCUCAGAGAAAUCCUUGGAGCCUAUACACUUAAUCUCUCUGCUGGAUAUCAAAGCCACCUGGUUUAAGAAAUGGAUGCAUGGCUACUACAGCAGAACCGUUGUAUUAAGACUUCUUGAGAGGAAAUACAAGUCUUUGAUUGUUAAUGCUCUGCAGCAGUGCAUUUAUUACUUUGAUUCCUGGGAUUCAGUUAAAGAAGAAACUUUGGAAAUUAUCCACAGCUUGGAACAUCAGCAGAUUGGCCCUGCUCGAAGAACUCUCUACACUUCUAAAGAGCUGGAGUUUGUUUAUUUCCUUCACUCGCUGUGCGUGCUCGGGAGGCUUGUGAUCUACACUAAUGGAAGGAAACUUUUUCCCAUUAAAGUGAAGAAGCGGAUAGAUCCGGUAACUUUGACCGACUUGGUUGUGAUUCUGAUCAAUAUCAUGUACCAACACCCAAAACCAUCCUGUGAUGAGACGACACAUGCAGACUCCCUGUCCCCCACUAAUCUUGUGAUGGAGGUGUUAAGGACCCUGUGUGACCGCACUGAGUGUGCUGUGGAGUGUCUCUACCAAAUUCCUGUUAUAGAAACUCUGCUGGCUCCUGUUAUCACCCUGCUCAAAGGAAAGCUGCCCAAAUUAAAUUACCUAGAAAGUGCCUUGACUCACAUAGCAGACACGCUGGCGAGGAUCGCUACCACUGAACGAGGUUUAUCACUCCUGCUUUAUGACAGAAGUCUCAUCUCGUUUACCCAGAGGCUGUUGGCAAAAGAGCUGCAUUUGUUCAGCGAGCUGGAGAUUCCUCCUGCCGUGAGCGGGGCCUUCAUCUUUGUCUGUCGGCAGAUGUACAACACCUGCGAGGGGCUGCAAGUUCUGCGGCCAUACAGCCUGCAUGAGUGCAUCGCUAAAGCCUGGAGAAAGACAAGCUCAAUGUCGGAGAGAGUUCCCACUCCUGUUCCUGGAGCUCCCCCAGCGAUCGCUUCCCAGGAGCUGCUGAACGUGGUGGCCUGGGAAGAGAUGCUCUUGGACAAUCUGCUGAAUUUUGCUGCCACACCAAAAGGACUGCUGCUCCUCCAACAGACUGGAGCCAUCGAUGAGUGUGUCACCUACAUGUUCUCAAGAUUCACCAAAAAACUACAGGUCAGCAGGUGUGAGAAGUUUGGUUAUGGUGUAAUGGUGACCCAGGUGGCCACUACAGCCCCAGGCAUCGCGGCUUUGCAAAGCUCAGGAUUUGUCCAAACAAUUGUGGUGGAGUUGUGGUCAGCCUUGGAGUGUGGUCGAGAGGAUGUAAGGGUGGUCCAUCCUAAAUCUACUCCAAUGGACCCUAUCGACAGGAGCUGUCUUAAGUCCUUCCUGUCUCUAGUGAAUCUGCUUUCUUCACCUCACGCUGUGUGGGAGCUGCUGGGACAUCGAGCGCUUCCUAACAAGAUGGAGUACAAUCUGAGAGAGAUGGCCACAUCAUUUUUAGACCUGAUGGACCGACUCAUCAUUAUUAACUCUGACACGAAGAUUCAUUCCCUUUUCAACUAUGAGCAGUCCCACACGUUUGGCCUGAGGCUCUUGAGCGUGCUGUGCUGUAACCUGGAUUCUUUUCUUCUGCUGGAGUCUCAGUAUAACCUCUCUGAGUUACUGCUGCAGGGUCAGAGGGACAAUGUCACAGAGCCGCCCACAGGUGAAGGUGAAUUCAUCAUCGAUGGACUGUCUGUGGAAAGAAACCAUAUCCUAGUUCGAAUCGGUACAGUUGGUGGUCCAUCUGAGAGAAGACUUCCUCCCAGAGCCCUGCAGAAAUCAGAGAUCAGUGCUUUCUUGGCCUCGUCUAAAGAAACAGAGAGAGAUGCUAGCUGGAUGGAUGACUGCAGAAGACAGUUCUGCAAGAUCAUGGCUACAAACACUCUCACUGGAUACGUACUUGCUGAUCUGUUGGAGAGGGUCGUGCUGCAUCUGUCAUCUUUAUCCACUGACUGCUUCUUUCCACCGGCAGAAUAUAAAGUGGUGGACCACAGUGUAAAGACUCGAAGCCUGUCGUCUGUGGAGCAGUUAGGUGUGGGGAUAUCCCUCAG